AUGCACGAAUCUGAUCUGAUGAGGACAUGGCAACCCGAACAGCAAGGCUUAAGAGAGUUAAUUUAUUUAUUCACUGAGGCAAACAAAGUUAUCAAUAGUGAUUUGGGCAUGAUAAGUCAACGAAUUUAUACGUUCAAUGAGCACCCAGAUUUCAACUUGCAUUUGGUGUAUAUACUAACCAAACUGAAGAAUGAACAACAUAAUAUACGUCUGUCGGCCGGAAGACUACUAAAUAAUAAUAUCCAGAAUGACUUCAACAAUAUUCCACUAAGAGUACUUUCAUACAUCAAAAAAUGUUGCACAGAUAUCAUCCUAUGUCCUUCGAAUGAAGAUGAAGAAAUAUACCAGUCGGUUUCUUUUAUUAUUGCAACAGUUGUUCGUUAUGGUCAGCCUCACAAUUGGCCCGAGAUUUUUCAAACGCUUAUUGACAAAUUAGGAAGCUCGGACAAGUUCACUCUCAGGACGUCAAUUCGGACACUUGCUAUUAUUUGUGAGCAUGUGGCAUCAGAGCUUGACUUUGAAGUUACCGAAGGUGUCCGACCUUUAAAUAGAUUGAUCAGAAAGUUCAUCGAAUUCUACACUCACUCUGAUGCAACAAUACGAACACAGGCUAUCUAUAUGACUAGUCAAUUCAUCCUUUCAAAACCAGUUUCCCUCCUUGAACAAUUGGAAGAUAUUUUGCAAGUAUUGUAUAAAAUGGCAGCAGACGAAACAAAUACUCCUGUUCGACGGGAGUUGGGUCGGAUACUAUCUGCAUUAUUGGAGGCUUUCCCUCAAAAAAUGGUGCCCUAUGUAAAGCAAACCAUUACAUUCAUGAUAAAUGCAUUAUCGGACCCUGACGAAGAAACUCAGUUGACUGCGUGCGGUUUCUGGGUGCAGUACGCCCAGAGCAAUUACUUCAGAAAUGAACUCGUUAGCUAUUUACCUCAACUGGUGGAAUCUCUAUUGAAACUAAUGGUUUAUUCCGAGGCAGAUCUUAUCUUGAGCACGACUAAUACCGUUGACAGGCAACUAUUACAAUUAUCUAACGACCGAUCUACUUCUACUGUAAGCGACGAUACUACAAGAAUAGUUGAAACUUCAUCAGGUCAAGAGGAAUCUAUUCAACCCACGACGAGAUUUUACCGAAACAGGAUAGAAGCUCAGGAACCAUCAAAGGACAGCACGACUAACAGAAAUGAAUCUCUGAGUGAUUUCGACGAAGAAGAGUCUGACUCAUCAUCAGAAGAAGUACUUGAUAAAGAAGGUGAUGAAAAGCAGGAUAACGAACAGGAGUCAGAUAAUGAAGUUGAGGACAAUCUGGUGGACAACUUUGAAGAUGAAGAAUUUUACUCUGAUUAUACACUUAGAAAAUAUAGUGCUGCAGCAUUAGAUGUCUUAUCAGUAUCAUUCAAAGAUGAUAUAGCCAAGGUCACGUUAGACCUCUUACAGAGUCGACUAUUUGUCAGCGACAACUGGUUCAUUCGUGAAAGUGGAAUUUUAGCGCUUGGUGCGAUAGCAGAAGGAGGAAUAAAUAUAAUCAGUGAACAACUAUACUGUUUGAUUCCUUAUCUUCUAAUGUCAACAAAGGACGGUAAUCCACUGAUACGAUCUAUUUCCUGCUGGGCGCUCAGUCGGUUUUCCAGUUGGUUGAUCCAUCAAUAUGAUGAUACAAAUGCGGAAAGUCGUUCUAGUACAACCUUUUUUGAAUCCGUCCUGUACGGCUUGCUCGAGAGAAUAACAGAUAGUAAUAAGAGAGUUCAAGAAUCCGCUUGCACUGCAUUUGUCAUUAUAGGCGAGGCAGCAUCCUUUCGCCUAAUACCAUACAUUAAAGCAGCCCUCAUCCAAACAAAUAUAGCAUUUUCAUUAUAUGGACGCAAAAAUAGGCUUAUUUUAUACGACGCGUUAGGUACCUUAGCCGAUGCCGUUGGCUCAGAACUAAAUCGACCUGACUAUAUCAAUCUACUGAUGCCUCCAUUAAUCAACAAAUGGAAUGAGUUGUCAGAUCAUGACACAGACUUAUUUCCGCUAUUAGAGUGCUUAUCUAAUAUCACUGCUGCUCUAGGAUCCGGAUUUAAACAGUAUGUUGAACCAGUCUUGUCGAGAUGUGUAAAGCUUAUUUCAUCUACAUUGCAAAAGCAACUGUUAGCAGACCAAUUUCCGGAAGAAGUGUAUCCACCAAAUGUUGAGUUUCUCAUUGCGGCACUCGACUUACUUUCCGGUAUCGUUCAAGGAUUGGGCUCAGAAAUAAACCCCCUAAUAGCGCAAACAGAUCCACCCUUACUCCCACUAUUAAUAACGUGCAUACACGAUCCUGUUCCGGAAGUACUACAAUCAACUUUUGCUUUAAUAGGAGACAUUGCUUCUGCUAGUUUAAGUUUACUGUUACCAUUUAUACAUGGCAUCGUUACGGAAAUGAUACAUAUCCUUUGUAACGCAGACAAUAUCAUGCCGGUAUCCGUAUACAACAACGUUCUUUGGGCACUUGGAGAGAUUAUAAUGCGGUGGGGAAAUAAUGUUCACCCUGAUAUACCAAGUUUAUUAAAUGCAUUUUUACGAUUCUUAACACAUCCGCAAGCACCGCCUUCAAUUCACGAGAAUGCAAUGAUUGCCCUGGGUCGAUUGGGUUACGCUUGCCCCGGAGCAGUUGCACCCUAUUUGAAAUAUUUUAUAAAGCCUUGGUUAGAGAAGUCUUUAUCGGUCCGAGAUGGGGAAGAGAAGGAUUCUGCAUUCAUAGGUUUAUGUUUGAUGAUAAAGUUGAGUGUACAAGAUGCACGCCCUGAAUUAUGUUUGUUAUUGCACGCCGUAUCCAUACUGAAAGCACCUUCCAUAACUUUAUCGAAAGAAUUGGUUGAUGUUAUUAAAUGGUACCAUGACUUCAUUCCAACUGACGAGUGGGAAGAUGCCAAUUCCAGGCUUGAGCCAGAAGUCAGGAACGUUAUUUCUCAACUAUUGGUUAAAGCUGACUUGCACAGCAAUACCUAA